CACAGUGUUUACUUUCUUUGAAUAUCAUUAUUUUGAACUUUUGGUGGUUUAUUAUCUGUGGUUUGCAUUGUUUACACUUUCCUUUUGCCAUUUUAUUAAAUUUUGUUUUGAAACUUUUGCUGGUUUCUAUCAGUCAAGCUAAGGUAGAGCUUAAAGUAUUACCUAUACCAUCCCCUGGGUAUAGUAAAAAUGAGUUUACAAAAAGUUGCUGUGGUUACAGGUGGAAACAAAGGCAUUGGAUAUGCAAUUGUCAAAGGUCUUUGUGAAAGAUUUAAUGGCAUUGUCUAUCUUACUGCUAGGGAUGCCAAUAGAGGGAAAUUAGCUGUAGCUCAGUUAGAAAAAGAAAACAAUCUAAAACCUGUGUUUCAUCAGUUGGAUAUCAAUGACCAAAACAGUGUUGAUUCAUUUAAAGAUUUUAUAAAAAAGGAGCAUGGAGGUUUAGAUUUAUUGAUUAAUAAUGCUGCCAUUGCAUUUAAGUCUGAUUCAACUGACCCAGUGGCUGUGCAAGCAAGAGAAACUGUAAGAGUAAAUUAUUUUGGAACACUAAGAGUUUGUGAAGCUCUGUUUCCUUUACUGAGAAACAAUGCAAAAGUAGUAAAUUUAUCUAGUUCAGCAGGACAUUUAUUUAGGAUCCCAUCUGAAGCUCUUAGACAAGAAUUUUCAAAAGGGGAUUUGACAGUACCAGAACUUACUAAGAUAAUGGAAAGAUUUGUAAAAUCAGCUGAAAACAAUAAGACGGUGGAAGAAGGUUGGGGAAGUUCCACAUAUGUAGUUUCAAAAGUUGGCGUAUCGGCAUUAACAAACAUUCAACAGCGAUUAUUUGAUGAAGAAAAGCCUAAUCGUAACAUAUCCAUCAAUUCAGUCCAUCCCGGUUAUGUAAAAACAGAUAUGACGUCUCAAAAAGGAGUUUUGUCUAUUGAAGAUGGAGCAAAAAGUACGUUGUUUGCAGCCUUGGAUGCUAACUUAAAAGGAAAAUAUAUUUGGCAAGAUUGUAAAGUCGUUGAUUGGUAUACUGAUAGUGUACCACGAAAAUAAUUAAUAAAAAUUAAACAAAGA